ACAAAUUUGUGGUGUAGAAGGUCUUCACAGUUAAAGGUCUGAAAGAGGGAAAGAAGCUGUCGGUACGGUGCAAGAAGUGUGACAUUAUAUACAAGUACAGUGUGUACGGGAAUGCCAAAACAAGUUGGUCAUUAUAUGGUCAGCCAAGGGAGGCAGGCGGUGGAGGCUGCAGAUUGUGUCUUCCUUGAGAGGAGAAUAUUGGAACUGCAGUGUAAUCUUGUGAACCACUCAUGGGUCAGCUUUUCUGGCUUUUCUGAGUCCUAUAAUGGUACCUUCAAAUUGACAAGACACACAGGUCUCUCUGCGAGGAAUGUGUCUUCUGCAUUCUUCAAUGCGAUCAGUUGUCAUGUCCAUUUGACAAAGAAAACGACAUUGAAGGAGCUGAUGAGGCACAAGAAAUAUGGCCUGGUCAGUUCGAACCAAUACACUCAGAAAGAGAUUUUGCAACUCGAGGCUGUUGGCCAUGGGCAUGGCGGCGACCCGGAGGAUCGACAACAAUACUGCUCUGAAUCUACAUUACUGCUCCCAGGGAAUUGUUUUGAUUGCCACAACAGCCACCUACAAGACAGAUUAUCGGCAUUCUUUCGAAAUUUACAAUUCAGUAUGUGUCACAAUGUGAGAAGUUUAUAAAUCAUGUUUAUAUUACAUUAACAUCACAAGUUGGGAAAUGUGUGAAAACCGUGGUUAUAUAAAUAUUGGU